AUGAAGACGAGAGAUCUUGCUGAAUGUCACUGGGGACGAUGUAUUGGUGACUGUGGUUCAGGUGGUGUUCAGAGCCGAGUAGUGUGGUGUGUACACUCAGAAGGCUGGACAACCCAUCAUUCAAACUGUGAACAAAGUGAUAGACCUGAAUGCCAGAGGAGCUGCUUUAAAAUAUGUGAUUGGCACCUUGAACUCUUUGAGUGGGAAGUUUCAGAAUGGAGCAUAUGCGUUCUAGUCCCUUUUGCCCACGGUGAAGUCAAACCGAGGACUUCAGAGUGUGUAACUGCACAGCAUGGAUUACAACACAGAACUGUGCAAUGCAUACAAAAGUUGAAUAGAACAGUGGUUUCGAAUGAGAUUUGUGGAUAUUUUACUCCUCAGCCAUCUACGGAACAAGCCUGUCUAAUACCUUGCCCGCGAGAUUGUGUCGUAUCCGAAUUUUCUGCCUGGUCUGAAUGUAGCAAACAUUGUGGAAAAAGUAUACAGCAUAGAACCCGUUUUAUUAUUGCUCCUCCACUCUACGGUGGAAGCAAAUGUCCAAAUCUCACUGAGUCCAGGGUCUGUGAGGUUUCCAUGUCUUGUCCUCAUGCGGAAGAGGAAUAUUCCUACAGUCUUAAAGUUGGACCUUGGAGUAAAUGCCAGUUGCCUCAUCUGAAAGAGCUUAACAUGGUUGGGAGAACUAUUCUGGAUUUCAGUUCCGAUUCAUUAGAGCGAAGCACUUUUAAGCUUGAAAUGGUUGAAAAUUUGCAACAUUCUCACAAAUUUAGGUCCCACUACAAUUCCAGGGCUUGGGAUAUAGAAAUUGGUUAUCAAACAAGGCAGGUGAGGUGCACAAGAAAUGAUGGGAAAAAUGCUAUAUUGAGCCUUUGUAUGCAAGAAGCCAUCCCUUUGACCUUUCGCUCCUGCAUUAUUCCUAAAGACUGUGAAACAUCAGGCUGGUCUUCCUGGAGCUCCUGUUCAAAGACUUGUUACUCAGGGGAUCUCUCACCAGGAUUCCGCAGAAGAAGAAGGAUUAUAAUACAUGAGGCUCUUGGAGCUGGGAAGGAAUGUCCUGAAACUGAAGAAAGAGAAGCCUGCAAUACUGAUGGUGGAGGAAAACACCUUCAGCCUUGCCCAAGAUACUCAUGGAAAACCUCUGAAUGGAAGGAAUGUGAUGUUUCUCUCCUGUUGGAAAGGCAGGACCCUCGACUCGAUAAACAUGCAGCACUCUGUGGAGGUGGGAUACAGAUCCGUGAGGUCUACUGUGCCCAGACAACUUUGGAGGAAAUGCACAAGUCAAAGGAAGUGACUAGACCUGUGGAAAAGAAACUUUGCCUUACUCCCGUUCCUCCUGCUUCUCAACUGUGUAGCAUUCCGUGUCCUCCUGAUUGUGUGGUUUCUUCCUGGUCAGCAUGGGGCCCUUGCAUUCAUGAAGACUGCCAAGAAAUUCAAGGAAGAAAAGGUUUCAAAAUGAGGCACAGACACAUUGUUGUGGAUUCCAUUGGUAAUUCUGAGAACUGUCCACAUUUGAUAGAGGCUAUUCCAUGUGACAAUCCAAUGUGUUAUGACUGGAGCAUUUCAGAAGGAAACUGUUUCCCUUAUAAUGGAAUAUGUGGACAAGGAAACCGUGUGUUGUAUGCCCAAUGCAAAAACAACAAUGAUGAGGAUGUAGCUGAUGAUUUUUGUGCUGAUUCUCCAUCGCCUUCCAAAACAACAACUUGUGAAGUACCCUGUGGGAUGGAUUGUGUUGUGACGGAGUGGGCGCAAUGGUCACCUUGUUCUCAGUCCUGUUCCAAUAAAAAUUCAGAGGGCAGGCAAAGCAGAACAAGAUCAGUGCUGGCAUUACCAGGACAAGGUGGAAAGCAUUGUCCUCCUCCUUCAUCACUCCAGGAGUAUCGACUGUGUAAUGAGCAUUCUUGCAAUCAGCUAUACUGGGGAACCUCUGCAUGGAGUCUCUGUUCAGAAAAUGCCCUGCUAACAACUGUGAAUACUACUAUCAAUUGGAACAACAAGGCAACCUGUGGAGUUGGAGUACAGACUAGGAGGGUGUUUUGUUUGAAAAAUAACUCUGGCCAGGUCCCAGCUAAAAGGUGUCCAGAAUCCAUUAAGCCAGAAACCAUCCGCUCAUGCUUGCUCCCGUGUAAGAAAGAUUGUGUAGUGACCCCCUUCAGUGAAUGGACACGCUGCCCUACCAUCUGUCAACAUGGGAAUACCACUGCAAAAAAACAGUCCCGCUACAGGAUCAUCGUUCAAGAUGCACUUAAUGGAGGAACAGAAUGCCCGGACACUUUAUUUGAAGAGAGAGAGUGUGAAGGUGUUUCACUUUGUCCCACCUACAGUUGGAAGAUCCACAAAUGGGGUCAAUGCUUAUUGGUGCCUGAUUCAGUAAGACAAGGUGUAUUAGGAAUCAAUGAAGCAUGUGGGCCCGGUUUGCAAUCAAGAGUUGUGACAUGCACCUUGGAAGGUAAUCAUUCAGUAGAUGCCAGUGAGUGUUUGAAGUGGGCAGGACCGAUGCCUUCCCUUGUCCAGGAUUGCUCAGUGCCUUGCAAAGAUGACUGCAUGUUUACUCCUUGGUCUAAGUUUACAGCAUGCACUUCAGAUUGUGAAUCAACACGGACCAGGAGAAGAACUCUCACAGGAAGAAGCAAAAAGCGAGAGAAGUGCCAGAAUACCGAAGUCUAUCCUCAGCUUGAGACGGAACUCUGCCCUUGUGUAAUAUUUACCUCCCAGCCUUAUGGAAAUUGGUCGGAAUGCAUCAUUGUGGUAGGAAGAACAGAGCUGCAGUUGGAGAUGAGAUUUCAGAGACAUGGCAAAGAAUGUGGAGAAGGGGUGCGCUUCCGAGCACUUGCCUGCUAUGAUAAGACCGGCAGAGUUGUAGAUCCCUCUCGGUGCAACCACUCAGGUUAUGUUGAACAGCCUUGCACUGUACCUUGUCCAUUUGACUGCAAAUUAAGUGACUGGUCUGACUGGUCUCCUUGUAGUUCAUCGUGUGGGACAGGAGUGAAAAUUCGGUCCAGGUGGCUUAAGGAGAAACCAUACAAUGGAGGGCGCCCUUGUCCAAAACUAGACCCAAAGAAUCAGGCUCAGGUGCACGAGGCAAUUCCCUGUUACAGUGAGUGCAAUCAGUAUUCCUGGCGAGUAGAACCAUGGUCUCAGUGUGAAAUCAGCAGUGCACAAAAUUCCUUCCAUUGUGGAGAAGGAAUACAAAUGAGGCAAAUCAGAUGUAUAAAUACCACUGAAGGUGGAGAUGGUGAACCUGUACCUCUUGUGCUUUGUAAUCAGUCCAAAGUUCCCUUGGAAAAACAGAAAUGUAUCCUCUAUUGUCCUAACGAAUGUGUGGUGUCUGAAUGGAGUCAUUGGAGUCAAUGCCCAGAGCGAUGUGAUCCCAGUUUAAGGCAAACAAGGACUCGACAUAUACUACGAAUGCCUUUAAAACCCAAGACAUGCCCCGAAAGUGCACAGCAGAGACCUUGUAUUCUGAAUCAAAAUUGUUUUCAAUAUAGUUACAAUUUAACAGACUGGAGCACAUGCCAGCUAAAUGAAAAUUCAGCCUGUGGACAAGGAAUUAGGAAUCGCCUUCUAAGCUGCAUUCGCAGUGAUGGAAAAGCUGUGAACAUGAACCACUGUGAGCAGUUGAAUCUGGAAACACCCACCAAAAUGACUGCCAACUGCAUGGUAGAAUGUGUAGUCAACUGUCUGGUUACCGAAUGGUCUCCUUGGUCGGAAUGUUCACAAACUUGUGGUUUUGCAGGUCAGAUGCUCCGUACCCGAUCUAUAAUUAUGGAAGCCCAAGGAGAAGGAAGACCUUGCCCAGCUGAUCUUAUUCAGUUCCGCAGUUGUGUUGUAAAACCCUGCUAUAGCUGGGUUCUUGGAGAAUGGUCCCCGUGCAGAGUGGAGGGUGGGCAAUGUGGAGAUGGAAUCCAAGUACGAAACCUGCAGUGUGUGGUGCUUGAUGGCAUGUCAUCAUCAACAUUUAAGCAAGUGGAGAGUACCCUGUGUGAAGAGCUUCCCCCUAAAGAGAAUUUGCUUCGACUUCCAUGUUCUAUCCCUUGUCCAGGUGACUGUCAUUUAUCCGAAUGGUCUGAGUGGAGCUCUUGUGAAUUAACGUGCAUCAAUGGCAGGAGCUUUGAGAGCAUGGGUCGUCAGUCUCGAUCAAGAACAUUUAUAAUUCAGUCUUUCGAAAAUCAAGACAGCUGCCCUGAACAAGAAUUGGAGACCAGGCCUUGCUCAGGAGGAAAAUGCUAUAAUUAUGUAUGGAAAACAAGUCUUUGGCAAGAUAAUGAACGCACAGUGUGGUGCCAGCGUUCUGAUAGGUUGAAUGUUACAGGGGGCUGCUCUAUGCAGUUACAGCCGGCUACAACCAGGCAUUGCAACCCAGCCUGCAAAAAACCCUUCUCAUACUGUACACAGGGUGCCAUCUGUGGCUGUGAGAGAGGCUACACUGAAAUCAUGAGAUCAAAUGGUUUCCUGGAUUACUGCAUGAAGAUACCCGGUUUAGCAGAUAAGAAAGCUGAUGUUAAAACAAAUGCUGCCAAGCAUAAACCUAUCAAUUCCAAAAUGCAUGACAUUUUCAAAGGAUGGUCAAUUCAGCCUUUUAACCCAGAUGGAAAACUUAAAAUCUGGGUAUAUGGCGUAUCAGCUGGCGGGUUUCUCAUUAUAGUUUUCCUAAUCUUCACCUCCUAUCUUCUUUGCAAAAACCCAAAACAGCCACAACAUACUCCUCCGCCGCAGAAGUGUCUGACUUUAGCCUACGAUGGAGAUGUUGAUAUGUAA